AUAAAAAUGUUGGUUUCGGACUUAAGGCCAACAUUAUGGCGACUGAUGAUGAUCGGUUUCAUUCUUCAUAUCUCUGGUGCCGUCGAUUCUGGCUGCGGUGGACCGAGAAAGUUGACUGCGUUGACUGGUACCCUGUCCUCUAUGAACUACGGUAACGCCUCCAACCCCUUCUACGACAACAACGCAUUUUGCUCGUGGUACAUUCAGGCUCCUACAGACUGGAUCAUCACUCUGACGUUCGAGUACAUGGAUAUAGAGCCCAGCUUCCGCUGUAUGGCCGAUUACGUUGUCGUACACGGCCCCUGGGCAGACUAUGUAGGAAGACCUCCUCCCGCGCCUUACUGUGGGACCAACCCCCCUCCCCCCGUCCAGGGAGAGACAGAUGGGCUGUACGUGACUUUCAUCACAAAUGAUAACUUGGCUUACAGGGGGUUCUUGGCAACAUAUGAAAUCAACCCACCACCGUCACCAACUCCGCCUGAGUUGGCCACUUCUGGCUGUGACAACCUAAAAUAUCGCAAGGAGCCUUCAGGAACGAUAUCCAGCAUGGGUUAUGACGAGAACUCGAAGUAUCUGAGUGACGCCGAGUGUGAGUGGGUCAUUACCGCUUCGGUUGGAAAAGUCAUCACUCUGACCUUCGUCUACUUCGAUGUCGAAGGUGAUGAGCUCAAUUGCAGAUACGACACGCUUCUGGUUUACGAUGGCCCAAAUGCCUCAUUCCCGUUGCUUGGCAACUACUGUGGUAACCAGGGCCCGUCUCCCGUGACGUCAUCCCAGCAUGAGAUGUAUCUGCGUUUCAGGAGCGACGGUUCCAUAGAAAAGUCAGGCUUUCGACUGAGUUACGUUGAGGAGAACCCUCCAUUUACCUGCCCUGUAGGCACGUUCCAGUGCGAGAGUAAUGAUAUCUGUCUGGAUCGUAGUGUCUUGUGUGACGGGCAGAAGGAUUGUCGUGAUGGGAGUGAUGAGGCUGGAUGUCCAGCGAACGAUCCUUCAUGUGGGAUAUCAGUCGUAAACCCUGACUUUGCCUCUAUCAGCAUAGUGGGAGGAGGCCCUGCAGUUCCCGGCGCUUGGCCAUGGCAGGUACAAGUGCGCAAGCUGUCUUACGGCCAGGUGUGUGGUGCAACGCUUAUCAACGCUAUGUGGGCUAUCAGCGCAGCGCAUUGCUUUGAACCAGAACCCCUGACGACCUCCUAUCGUCUGAUCCUUGGCCGAUACGCUAAGGACAUGCCGGAACCCUCUGAAGAGCAAUCUGUAGACGUCCGACAGAUUAUACUCCAUGAGAAUUACGAGAAGUACUCCUAUGAUAACGACAUUGCCUUAUUACGACUUGCUAGACCGGCUGUCAUGACAGACUACGUGGCACCUGGAUGCUUGCCAGGGAAAUCACAACGAUUCACGGACGGAGAGAUUUGUCAAGUAACAGGAUGGGGCUUAACUGAAAACACAGGUUACGACGACAUCUUGAAGCAAGCUGGAGUACCUAUAGUCGACAGUAGAGUGUGUAAUGAUCUUCACAAAGGUAGAAUCACUUCGCGUAUGAUGUGCGCUGGCUACUUGCAAGGUGGUGAAGAUUCAUGCCAGGGGGAUAGUGGAGGUCCUCUCAACUGUCAUGGCAGUGACGACCGAUGGUAUCUUGCGGGCAUUACUAGCUGGGGCAAUGGGUGUGCAGACGUCGACGCCCCCGGUGUCUACACGCGCGUCACCGAGUUCGUGGACUGGGUGCAAGUGAACAUCCUCAGACAUUUGUAAUACUUGAGAUGAUCUCA